AUGGCUGAUUUUACUAUCAUGAAUUCAUCAAAGGAAGAAAAUCUUUACAAGUAUCUUAGUGCUCUUGAUAUUAUGCGUCCAGAUGGAUUACGACCUGAUUAUGAUACAUAUUUCAUGUAUUUGGCGGAACUAGUGGCAUCAAGAACAAAUUGCAUAAAGCGUAAGGUUGGUUGCGUAUUAGUUAAAGACUCUAGAGUAAUCGCGACAGGAUAUAAUGGUACAGCAAAAGGUUUAAAAAAUUGCAAUGAUGGGAAUUGUAAAGAAUGUUCUCAAGGAGAAAGUGGAGGUAAAUCGAGCACUUGUUUAUGCUUGCAUGCAGAAGAAAAUGCAUUAUUAGAAGUUGGGAGAGAAAAUAAAG